CAGAAAGAGAAACACUCAGCCCACCAGAAUACCAGAAGGUAGACCAAGAGACACAUCAACAGCUAGCAAGACAGCAGAAUAGUCUGAAGAAUGCUGAUGAAUUACACAAACCAAACCCAGGAAGACCUCUUCUCCUGCCACAGCGCUUCAGUUGAAGGCUAUAGGUACUUUGCUGUACUGUGGGGAUGUACUGUAACCAUCUCUGGCACAGUGGGGAACCUGAUGACCAUUCUAGCCUUCGCUUUGGAUCCACGUCUGAGGACUCGCUUCAAUGUGCUCAUCGUCAACCUGGCUGUAGCCGACCUCCUGUACUGCACCAUACUGCAGCCCAUCUCAGUUGAUUCCUAUCUACACCUCAGAUGGCGCAGUGGUCAGCUCUGGUGCAGAAUCUUCGGCCUGCUCCUCUUCCUCUCUAACUCUGUUUCCAUUCUCACCCUCUGCCUUGUAGCAGUGAGCAGAUACCUUCUGGUUGCAAAAAGAGCUUUGUUUGACCGUGUAUUUUCUAACCAUGGACUUAUUUUGCUCUUGAUCUCAGCAUGGGGUCUAGGCCUGGCCAGCUUUAGCCCACUCUGGCCUGUUUAUGUUUUUGUGCCACAGGUGUGUACAUGCAGCUUCCAUCGUACCAGGGGCCGGCCUUACACCACCAUCCUGUUAUUCUUCUACUUUUUUGUUGGUCUGGGCUGUGUUGGAGCGUUCUACCUGCUCAUUUACAGACGAGUCAAAGUCGCAUCACGAGCGCUGCUUCGUUACAGGCUCAGCCGACGCUCUUCCACAAGGAAACCUGUUUCUUCAACCCAUGGAACAGAUGACAGUGGAGUAGAGAGUGGAAUAAAGUCAUGCAGCUCCGAGAUGAGCAGCCAAGUUGAACCGACCCAAAAUACUGAUGAAUUACCAAAUGGGAAGUCAACCCUGGCUAUCCAGAGCACAGGCACAGCCUUAAAUUCAUCAGCAGCCAGCAAGCUUACUCCAGAUGUCGUCCAAGCACAUUCUCCUGCACCUGCUGUUCCCUCUACACAGUCUGCAACUUCAGGAGAUGAUAGUGAAUUCAAGCGUGUAACACGCAUGUGCUUCACUGUUUUUCUGUUUUUUGUGUGCUGCUAUGUCCCCUUUCUGUUGCUUAACAUAGCUGACAAACACAAUCGUGCCCCACAGAUCCUGCACAUGUUCUGCGCAAACCUCACCUGGCUCAACAGCUGCAUCAACCCUGUCCUCUAUGCAGUCAUGAACAGACAGUUUCGACAGGCCUACCACGUGCUGCUCACCAGAGCUUUUUCGCCUUUCACCUACCUCUGGACUCAGUGGCAGGUUCAGAGAUCCUAACUUCCUGGAACUUUAAACUUUAAGAAUUUUUCAUAUAGCAUAUUGCCAAUUGAAUUCAGUCACUUUUAUUUCUAAAUCUCUUUUUAUUAAUGAUUUAUUUAAUUAUUUUACAUAUUUCAGUGGCAUUUUAUAUAAUUCUGUUUCAUA